AUGGACAACGAGAACGACGAGGUGCUGCCGCUGGUGCAGACGGACGCAAUUUCGCGAACGUCAACGUCCACCGAGAAUCAUAACCACAACAAGGUACGCCGAAGGAACGUGUCCGAGUCGGUGAGCCCCGCGAUCAGAGAGGACGACAGCCCGUCGAUCGACCCGUGCGAUCGACGCGUGCCCCUCGUGAUUCUGCCCGACUCGACGAAAGCGUGGCACGACGAUGUCACGCCACGGAUACCCGACAUCCCUGUGGCGACAGUCGUGUCGGGUAAACAACGGAACGGAGUGCUGAUUCGCGAGGACGAUCGGGAAUCCGCGAACGGCAACGAUCCCGGUUCGACGGAACCCCUCAGCAAUCGCGAGAGGAUGAAGAUAAGCGUUAUCCGCGGCAGCAUCGCCAACCCGGAUCUCACGCUGGGAGAGCUAAGACUGCUCGGCUGCAGCAGCGAGGGCUUCGUUAAUGAUGAUAUACGAAGGGUACUGUGGCCAAAGCUUUUGAGGCUAGUACAAGAGGAGUCUGUACCCAUUAGCGGCUUGGAGACUGUACAUACCUGCAUACCGAAUGAGGUUUACCAGCAAAUACUGAAGGAUGUGGCACGUAGUGGCAGCCAUAUUCCACAGAACGCGCCGGAGACGGAAGCGGAAAGUUUUCAAGAACAGCUGACACAGCUCAUGUGUUGGGUACUCCACAAGCAUUCCCAAUUAAAUUACUACCAGGGAUACAAUGACGUGGCAGCGACUGUGUUACUCGUGAUGGGAUUAGAAGCGGGUUUAUACGUGUUGGAAAGCAUAUCGGUAGAGUUCCUAGAAAGAUUUAUGGAAAAAACCAUGGAGAAAGUGAAUCAAGAGUUAUUCUACAUAUUUGCGUUGCUGGAACGAGUCCAUCCAACAUUAUUGGAACAUCUGGAAAAUGUAGAACUGUUUCCGCACUUUGCUCUGGCCGAAUACACAACUUGGUAUGCACACAAGUAUGCGGAGAACAGGAAGUUAUUACAUAGAUUGUUUGAUUAUUUUCUCGGUAGUCCCCCACUCAUGCCUCUCUAUUUGAGCACUGUGAUCGUUGCACACAGAGCCACUGAAAUUUUCAAUACUACACCUGAUAUGGGACACACACAUAAAGUAUUAUGUACUUUGCCUGAUGACUUGCCGUUUGAAGCACUUUUGAUGGAGGCGAAGGACUUGUAUCAACGAUAUCCUCCUGAAUCUAUCAGUAAUGAUGUUACAGAUUAUGAUCACAAAAGGAGAGUUAAAGAACAAGAGUGGAAGGCAAAGGCAGAGGCAAGUCGUCAGGAGAGAGAAAGACAACGAAAACUGAAAGUUGUUCAAUCGACGUCAAGAAUAUCUUAUCGCAUCAGAAGUUACAAAACCAUCACCGUCGUGACUAUCCUAGCUCUGGGAAUAUAUGCCUUCAUAAGAUCGUCGACGGGGCUCAACUGACAUUAAGAGAAAUUCGCUCAUCGCGCGAAAACUAGAAAUUUCAAAACUAGAAACAUGCUUUUUUCAUAAUCAAAGGAUUCUCUUGUUUGAUGUGUCACUGAGGAUAAAUUCAAGAGUAUCGCGAUUAAGAGCAAGUUUCAUCAAAGCGAUGGAAGAGAGCGAGAAUAUAUAUUCGCUAGAAAUAAUCGAGGGAUUUGGUUGUCAAUGUUUGAAAGAAAAUCUUGUGCAUUCCUAUGCUGCCUUUAUGCUGUGUUCGUCGGGGGCUGGUUUGAACUUUUUGCGCAUGCACGUUGAAAAGGAAGCAAGUCUACUGAUGUAUUAAAAUUUUUAGGAAAAUUUUUAGCAACCAUUUCAGAUAUUCCAGGUUGCUAAAAGGGAUAAAACAAAAUGUUAAAUAGAACUUUCAGCAAAAUGUGUGUAUGAAAAAGCUUCAUAUAUGUGUGUGUAUAUAGAUUGUAAUUACGUUGUUGCAAUCUGUGAUGAAAAAAUAUUUUAUGUAAUUUAUGUGUAGUUAAACCUGCAAAGGAAAAAUUAUGAUAGUUAACGGUUUACGACAAUUAAUAAAAACGUCUUAUUUUUCAACAAUAUUUGUUUAUUAUGACCUCUUACGAUGAGUUUUUGGUCAGUAAUGAUUCAUGCUAUAACAUUUGGUCAUGCAAAUGUAUAUUUAGCUAUACAUUGUCUAUAAGAUCUGAUAUCAGUAUCACAAAACGAUCUGAUAUCAAUAUCACAAAGUCACACAAUAUAUUGACAUCAACCUCUAUUUUACACAGAAUACCGUACGCCAUUUUAUACAUAAAUAUAAUUUUAUAGAAACAUUUUACUGUGCUCUGAUAAAUGUUUGUUGUAAAUCU